AUGGGUCAGAGCCAGUCCCUCACGGCGCCAUGCUGCGCAACGAGGGAACGCCUGAACUCCGAUUUCAAGGUGAGUGGGAGCACAAGUCCGCUGCUGACAGUCUCUUCCUUGAAGUAUAAAACAGGCGAGAGCACAGACGAGUGGGCGGACGACGUCGAAGCCGGGUCGCCGUCGCUCGCAGAGGCGGAGACGGCCCCGGAGAGCGAGUGCCAGUUGGCUUCUGGAACAGUACAGACAGAGCCCUCUGGAGGCUGUUGCGCUGAGGAGACGGACAGGUGUUGCCAAAGGCGCCUAGUGACGUUUCAAGCAGACGAGCCGCCAACGACGGCUCCUCAAAUGGCAGCCCUGCGGCAAAAGCCCGCGACUCCUCGAUUUCCAGAAUCUCCAUCUCAUGACGGAAUUCAAAGCAGCCUGCGCUCCGAUGGAGGCCCACUGCGCCUCCACGGAAUGUUCAGCAGCAGCCAAGUCAGCCAGGAUCACCGAAAACAUCGCAGCCAGACGCAGUCAGAACCACCGAUUAGGGUUCGUGAUGGCAGCAGCGAGAGCAUCAUGGUUUGCAGGCAUGGUUGCUGUCGGGCUUUUCGUCCCGAUGGAGUUGCAAAAACUGACAGGCUUGUGCACAUCAUUCGAAGGGAGCGGCAAACUCACAAAAGAGUGCUUGACUUCCUUGCUGAACAUGGCUUCAAAGGCGUGAAUGAUUCUCGACGCCAAUCCCUAGGCUACCCUCGUUGGUUCCCUUUGCAUGCAGCGGUGAGUCAGUACGACGCAGAAAUGGUCAGAAUGCUGCUGCGCAUGGGUGCAGACCCUUCCAGGCGCAAUGGCAACGGUCUGACGGCGGGUGAACUUGCCUUGCGUCAAACCAAGAAGGGCGAAAGGCGUGCUUUUGAUGUGCUUGCAGCCGCGGCCCUGGUGGCCAACCUGCAACCUGUGUGCAGUGUAGGUUUACCAGUCUUCAUGCAUGCAUGCCCGUGA